CAGCUGACGGCUCACGUGGUUGUCACCUCUUGCGAGGAUUUUGGCCUUGUCAAAUUUGAAAAUAUGGCCGAGUCCCGUCGAGUGAGCUGCAGCCUGGGAGUUGGCGUCUUUCUUCAUCACCGCCACUGCAUGCUCGGCCAUUCAGUCAGUCGUGGUGAACAGCAUACCAUGUCAAAACUGCAAUGCAAGCAGAAGAACCACAUUUUCACCUUCGAUAAAGCAAGAGUAAUAGGCCGAGCCAAUGACAAGAUGACUAGACUCCUGCCAGAAAGUUGGCCUUCGACUGGCACACUUAACGGAGCCACUGGUCUUCAUCCUACCUACCAGGCGAGUCAAUUCGAACAAGGCCAACAGGAGGGCAAAGCAAAUCCAAGCGUGGAGUACAACUGA